UGGCGCCAUGCCGCAGCGCGCACUCCUCCACUGCCGGGGAAGGAAAGUAUGACAGCGCUCUCCAGCCUUCAAGCCAAAGUCAUCCGCACUAUUGCCGCCGUCCGUUGUCAUCAUGUCUGAGAAAGAGCUCGGCCAAAAGUGGGACCGCUGCCUCGCAGACAGCGCGAUUAAAUUCGGUACCGGUCUGGGUCUAGGAAUUGUGUUCUCCGUUGUAUUCUUCAAGCGCCGGACGUGGCCCAUUGUGUUUGGGACGGGACUGGGUCUUGGCAUGGCUUAUUCCAACUGCCAGAAUGACUUGAGGUCACAUUAUGUGCUGCACAGUAAAGUUGCUAAGGAGCAGUAGAGUCGCAUCAGUUAUGGAUUCUGUCAUCUGCCUUGCUUUUCAUAUUCGAAGCCUGACACAAUCAGACUGGUUUGUCAGACUGGUUGUCUUUCUUUCUCCAUAACAUCCAUGUUCUUGUACAGGACAGUCUGUUUAUAUUUAAUAAAAUAUUAAAAAAAGCAAAUUUGAAAUUUGCUAAGGAUGA